CAUGUGUACUAUAUGUCACCUGAAUUGAUUCAGGACUUGAGGUAGUUUGAAAUAGUGUAUCAAAACUAUUAAAAUUCACCUGUCCACAAAUCACAAUGCCAAUCGCCACAAAGCCACCAUACCACGAACCCGACUACCAUGGUGCACCUGGGGCUGCCUUUUACAGUGGACGGGGACCAAGCAUAAAACAGCAUGACUAUGGUCAGCCAAUUAAUGGAUAUACAAGAGAUGGGCCGAGAAUGAAUGGUGCUGGUCCAGAUCCACGCAGGAUCAACGGUGUUGGUUCAGAUCCACGUAGGAUGAUGAACGGUGGUGGUCCAGACCCGCGGCGGGUAAAGAGUGCAGAUCCGCGUAGGAUGAACAGUAUGAGUCAAGGAAAUGUUGCCAGACGGUCCAAAAGUGAAAUGGUUCAACGAAACGCAGGAGCACGAAUGAAUGGCGGUGGAACGGAGCGUGCAAUUGGUGGCGGUGUUUAUG